AUGACAUCUGCUCGUAUUAGACCGGAAGCCCAAACUGGCUUUGCGGCGGCGGCAGCAUAUGACGCUGGUCGACCAACGUACCGCGCAGAAGCCGUCGAUCUGCUCCUCGGGAAGCUCGAUCUAGCAGGUGUUCAGGGUGCAAAGAUUCUAGACCUGGCAGCCGGAACUGGCAAGUUCACAGAAGCGUUAUCCGCUAGGCCAGAGGAGUACGAGAUCGUUGCAGUUGAGCCACACGAUGAUAUGCGCCAACAGCUGUCAGACAAGAAGCUGCAUAGGGUCACGGUCGUCGACGGAAGUGCAGAAGACCUCGAGCACAUUUCGGAUGGCACAUUUGCUGCAGUCUUAGUGGCGCAGGUAAGAUGCCUGUUUGCAAACAUGAAUGCAUUGAAGGAGAUCGCCCGAGUUCUUCGCCCGGCUGGGGUAUUGGGAUUGAUUUGGAAUAUCGAUGACUACAAUGCCCCAAAAGCGUGGGACAUCCAUGCGGGUUGGGGUUCCACGAUGCGAGACGUUGUGUGGUCUCUUGAAGACGAUCAACCUCGUUUUCGACAUGAGCAAUGGCGGAAAGUCUUUGAUGAGCAGACUAGUUCGAACCCUCUUACACUUCACUUCGCCGACCCUCUUUUUUCAUUGCCAAUCGGAGAAGCCGCUAUCGACUUCGAAACCUGGCUGUCGGCAGAUGACAUCUGGAGCAGAUUGAGAACACUGAGCCAGAUAGCUAUCCUGGAAGGAGCCGAGCUGCAACAGAUGAAGAAGAAGUUUGAUGAUGCGCUGGAAAAAGACUCAAGCUCCGUGGACGGUAAAUACCCCGUUUAUGGCCGGACCGUUAUGUAUUGGACGAGCCAUAUCCCGAGCGCACCACUUGGAAGCCGCGAAUAG